AUGUCAUUGACCAAGACGAACGGAGUGAGUCUGGCGCUAAACCAGCCAGACGAGAUAGACGCCGAGCUUGAUAUUGAUCCGCAGUCGCAAUUGCCAAUCUCGCGUCUGCCCUACGACGAGACUCCGAUAGCCAAGAGCGAUCUCAGCUGGCUCAAGAAUGGACGAACUCUGCAAUUCUCGCUCGACAGAUCGCACGACAGUGGCGUACUGUUUCUGUCUUCGGACCAGGAAUCAAAAAUGGAUGUGCAAAACGAUAGAGAACGCAAACUGUACCCAUUUGAUAUCCCGUCUAAUAUGGACACCUCUGAGGAAUACGUUCAGUUCUUGACCACCAUCUACCACACUUUCGAGCCUCUUUUGACAAACCAAGCAUACAAACAUUUCAGCGAGGACGAUGAGGAGUCCAACUUUGGUGUUCUCAGUCAGAUACAGGAAAACAUCAAGGAAAAAAAGCAAACACUUCAGUCAAUAAUGUCUAUUGUAAUCAAUAGUCUUAAAGACUUGAUCUCGACAAAAUCCAUCAACGACCCAAACUUCCAAGAGACUUUCAUUUUCAACUACGAGGAGAUUCUUAAUGUUCUUAAUCUGCUCAACGCGGUGUAUUUUUCAAACGAGGAAGAAAGAAUAGCUUUGCUUUCUGUCUGGAUCAACAGAGCAGAUAUCCAACCGGACGACGGUUUGGCCGAGGAGGUGCUCAGUUUCGAAAACCCGUACAGAAACCUUCUUUUCUGGUCGUCAUAUGUCAAGAAACUCCUGCUACGCGGAUUGUUCAAGGAAUCAUUGGAUGCUCUUGACCAGAGCAAUUGGAAGAACUUGAAAACAGAAGACCUCAACCUGUUCAAUAUUAUCACAGACUUCAAAAAACUACUGGAAACCUAUGACAUGCUAAGAUUCUCUGCGGACGCUAAAGAGUUUCUUAUCUGGAAACAAUCAAUGGUGCAGUUACGUGAACGGGCAGCUUCCACAAGUUUUGUUGAGGCUGGAAUUGCUGCAGAGAUCCAGGAACUGCUCAAUAUCACUUCUGCAUCCUCCUCGGCUAUCCUGGACGCUGCAGAUACGUGGUAUGAGGCUCUAUUUGCCCACUACUUGUACCAGCUACCAUCGUUAGAACUGCUGGACGAAUACAUGCAAGUUUCCAUAGACAGGCACCCUCCAGAGACAGUCCAGUCCUGGGAAACCAUGUGCAUCGAGCUGUUGCAAGGAAAAAUGUUGUCUGUGAUUACAUCGAUAGAAAUGCUGGAUAAGUCGAUUGCCACCUUUACUUCUGUGCUUAUGGUUUCUGCCGGACUACUUAAAGGUUAUCUUUCGGUUAUUUCCUUCACAGAGGCAACACUGAGUGCGACAAUCGACCAGAUGCUCGAGGACCUGGCGUUCUCGUACUUGACGCACCGCGAGCUGUUCCCGAUCGGUAUAGGUAUCUUGAUCAUGGUGAACAACUCCAACUCUAGAGAAGUUGUUUCCGAGUUGCUUCCACGGUACCAGAUCACUAACAACGACGACUUUGAGUGGUGUUUGUCGAUCUGUGCGAAACUGAAGCUGCGUCAAACGGCCGUCAAGAUAUACCUCAUUCAAGGGUCCAAGCUUGCUGCUAUCGGGUAUCUUUACGAGGCAUUAUACUGCUACACCGAGGCUGGGGACUAUGUGAAGCUGACACAGCUUGUGUGGAGCAUUUUUGAGAAACUGCUGGUUGGCGAUCUACAGGACAGCACGUUGACGGCCAAGAUCCGGUCGAACGAGAUUUUGGAGCCUGCUCUGCGCCAGGCUGUGAGUCCAUUGGCUGUUUUGGACCAGUUUUUGCAACAAAAGGAUACUGUCAAGUUCAAGCCGUUGUUCCAGCUGUUUGAUUUCACCUAUUUGCCAAAACACUACAAAAUGGGACUUAUCAUGCUGCUAGAGCCGUACCUCGGCAAGCGGCUGCUCAGCGUGGACGAGCUGGUAGAAUUCAUCCGAGUUCUGAACCAAUUCGAAAAAGAAUUAACGCCCGAGGUGCUGCGGCAGGGCCAAGAACUGUGCAGUAAGAAGACGCCCGGAUACGAUUUCCAAAAUCGAUUGCUUGCGAUCCGCCAAAAAAUUGGUUACGAGAUGAGUUUGAAUUUUCUAUAA